CUCACAUCAAUCUGCGCUCAAAAAAGCGAUCGCAUAACAGCCUAGUGCAGAAACCAGGCGCACACCAAUCUGCGCUCGGAAAAGCUUGCGCAAGUACGUAGCGAGCCGCGCCAAUCCAAUCCAGAAGCCAAAGAAAAGGGGGGAAGUAAUGUGUGACACUAAGUUCAGAACUACCGACUUCAAGAAACUUCACGACUCCGGCGGUCAGUGGAGCUGCGAUUUGGAGUUGGUGCCGCCAGUGACUGACAACAUGAUCGACAGCCAUUUCGGCGAGUCGCACCGGCAGCUGCAUAAAGGCUGGAUGUUCAAGGAGGAAAGGUACAUUCGCCGGAUCGAGUAUUUGAUGUGCGGACAACCAACAGGGACCGAACUUGUGUUGCGCAGCAUAUGUUUGUGCUCGAUGAAAGCUGGCCACUACAAGCAAGUCGUAGCGCUUGCUAAAGGCGGAGCAGGGGCCGUCGUCCAAGCAUACUGCGAUUGCGUUGCUGGUCAAAGCCAAAGGUGCCAGCAUAUAGCUGCAUUGCUGUUUGCCAUACGAAGUAUCCAGAGGCCGUCUUGUACGAGUGUCCCGUGCAGAUGGAUGGCACCAACACAAGGACAAAACCAUUUGCUGACCAAACCCUUGGUGGACAUCACAUUUAAGAAACAUGUGAUUAACAAGACGGUGCCCGUUAAGGCUAAGCGACAACUUCCUCCUCAUUUGAGAACAGCUGGGCAGGCUGGGCUGUUGAAGUUCAGGAGUGCGAUUGCAACACAUGCACCUGAGCUGGUGUGGAACCGUUACACAGAGAGGCCAGCACCAGUGAGAAAUGCGAGCCCCAUCAACGACACAGAGGACAUGAAUUCGCAGAAGUGCCUCACAUUGAUCGAUGAAUAUUUCAAGGAGCAGGUGUCGCUCACAGCUACCGAGAGGGCAGAUAUCUGUGCAAAGACUGUAGGCCAGGAUAAGAACCCUCUAUGGUUCACAGAAAGAACCGGGAAGCUAACUGCUUCAAAGUUCCGCAGAAUACUGCACUGCCUGAAGCCAGAAGGGCUUGUUAAAGAAAUACUUUAUCCUCGCAAAGAAAUAAUGAAGAGUGGUGACCCCAGGCUCUACGGAAUACAAAAUGAAGCAAAAGCAGUUCAAAAAUAUCUAGAAUUCAUGCAGCUAUAUGACAAAAAUAUAGAUGUCCUGGAAACAGGAUUACAUAUUCAUGAAUUGCAUUCUUUCAUCGCCGCAUCGCCCGAUCGCCUGGUGAGAGAUGGCAGUGAGGAUGGCCUUCUAGAAGUGAAGUGCCCCGCUUCGAAAGCUGGCCAAAGAGUUGUCGACGCCUGCGCUGACAAAGGUUUUUACUUGGCAGUAACUAAUGGUGAGGUCACCCUGAAGAAAGACCAUUAUUAUUACUACCAAGUACAAGGACAGAUGGGAGUCGCGAAGAAGCCAUGGUGCGACUUUGUAGUCUUCACAGAUCAUGCUGACCUGCAAGACUGCAUAUCAGUGGAACGUAUAUAUUUUGACGCAGAAAUUUGGAAAGACAUACUUCAGGGCCUCGUGUACUUCUAUAAGGCUGCUAUUAUUCCAGAACUCAUGACACGACGUAUCCGACGCCUUGGAUUUCUUUACACUACAGGUGCAGGCUACGUGUCCUUCAAAAAGUAUGCUGUGGGGUUUUAUCUAGUUGACCAUUGUGAUGAGGACCAUCUGAAGAUGACUAUCAGAAGGCUGACACACACAUAGUGCGUUCCUUUGCAUCAUAAAACUUUAUUGCAUGAUGACACCUUUUAGGUGCUCCGAAACAGCAUGGCUCACCCGCUGCUGCUGUUUGUGCAGGUUGGUUCCCCAUCCACAGACUGCUGUUACCAUAGUGACAAUAGAUUUUUAGUUGUCCUGCCGUGCCCUGGUAGGCUUCAUUGCAUUGCUAUUGACUGUUGGUCCGUGCUGAUGCUGUUGAUGUCGGGAGACAUAGAAGAAAACCCCGGGCCUAAGACAGCUGAACUGUUACAGACGAUUAUUGAUAAUCAAGCCGCGUCUGACUGCCGGUUGACUAAUAUCAGCAAGGAUAUUGGUCAACUUAAUGAAAAGACUGAUAGACUGACUGAUUCCUUGGCAGUGAUACAAGAAUUGAACAAAAGAAUUGAAUAUCUUGAGGUAACAGUUCAGCAACAGGCCAGGAAACUGACUGAAUAUGAAAACUAUAGUCGUCGUAACAAUCUGCUGGUUUUUGGUGUUUCUGAAAAAAUCGGCGAUUCAGAGACGGAGUUAAAGGCAGCUGUCAUAGAUAAAAUUUUUCACGAUACGCUGGGAGUUGAAGUAAAAACCGUCGAAAAAAUUCAUCGUAUAGGGAAAAAGAACAAAGAACGACCUAGGCCAAUUAUUAUGAAAUUUUAUGACAGCAGAGAAAAGCAACAAGUGCUAAAGAACUGCAAUAAACUGAAAGGACAAUCGGUUAGUGUAAGCAAUGAUUAUGCAAAGGAAACGGUAGCGGUGCGAAGGAAGUUGUGGGAAAGUGCCUCUGCUGAAAGGGCGCAGGGCAAGAAAGUCUUUUUGAUCGACGACAAGCUCAAAAUAAAUGACAAGUUAUACACAUGGGACAACGAGAAGAACGCACGCUCGCUCCUGAACUCCCGAGAUAAGUUCAAGCAACGCACUAGAAAAGCAGGCAACUCGCAUGAUGGCUCUGACACCUCGGAUAAUUCCGGCGAAUCAAUGCCUGAACUCACCCCGUCAUAGCUACGAAUCUUAUCUUUGAAUGCUCGUAGCCUUUUUAACAAAGUAACCGAAUUAGAAUAUGUAUUACUGACAGAAAGUCCACACGUACUCGUCGUAAGCGAAACAUGGCUAAACAACGGUGUGCCUAGUCACUGUAUGGUACCCCCAAAUUACCAGAUGUUCAGAUGGGACAGGGAUACUCGUGGUGGGGGUGUUGCAAUCAUUGUCAAAAGAUCUAUAGAUGCAGUAACGGUCGAGUGCACUUUGCCUGAAACAGUUUGGUGCAAAAUUACUUAUGCGAGUGUUACUUACCUUGUUGGUGCAGUGUAUAGGCCGCCUGCCACUUCACCAGAGUUUUUGGAUGACCUUAAUAUGUUCUUAUGCACUCACUUGAACCGUACCACCAGACUAAUAAUGACCGGAGAUUUUAAUUUGCCAAGCAUCAACUGGGACAGACUGAUACCUGGGAACGUUGAAAUUUCUAGUUCCGAAGCACUGCUGCAAAUAAUGUUUUCGCACAAUCUUAAACAAAUCGUGGAAGAAGACACGAGGGUAACACUCGAAUCCCGGUCACUUUUGGACUUGGUGUUUCUCUCGGGCAGAGUGGGUGACUAUACUGUGUCUGUUAAAGACGGGAUAUCUGACCAUAAAAUGGUUUCUGUGCACAUUCCGAUCAGAACAAACACUCGUGGCCAACCCUUUGUACCUGUGCAAUUUAAGGCUUAUAGGCAGGCAGACGACACAUCCAUUCAAGAUUUUCUAGAAAUGUCAUAUAGUGAAUUCGAACUUGCCUGCGAUUGUGAACCAGUUGAAGAUCUAUGGCUACGUUUCAAGAAUAUCAUAAAACAUUGCGUUGACAGAUUCAUUCCAACUCGACAAAAGAAAAUAAAACCCCGUAACCCUUGGAUUAAUCGACCUAUUAUACACAUCAAGCGCAAGAUAAAGAGGCUGCGCAGGAGAAAAGACAGCUCAGCUGAGGUAUCGAAAUUACGAAAGAGUUUAAAAACGGCUCUGAUGGAAUCAAAAGAGCAAUUUUUUAAUAAAAAACUAUGUAGCUUCGUUAAAACGGCACCUCGGAAGUUUUGGCUUUACCUUAGUGGCAACAAAGAGGAAAUAAAUAGAAUUCAAAUUAGUGACAACAUAGUAACAGAAAAAACAAAAAUAGCAGAUCAUUUCAAUAACUUUUUCCAGUCUGUUUUUUCUAAACCAAGCAAUGACGACUUUGACGCGUACCCGCCUUCCUCCCUCUCAUGUUCGAUGGAAGACCUGGUCGUGACUCAGGCCGGCGUGUUUAAUCAAUUGUUACUUUUGGAUUCAAAAAAGGCUAGCGGGCCGGAUGGGAUUCCAACCCAGUUUUUAAAGCGAUACGCUGAGUGGAUAUCAUUUUUCUUGACAAUAAUCUUUACAAAGUCCCUACACACUAACUCGUUGCCACAAGAUUGGCGGUGCGCAGUCGUAACACCUGUUUUUAAAAACGGCGACCGACUACUCGCAAAUAAUUAUCGCCCAAUUUCCCUGACAAGUAUCAGCUGUAAACUAUUAGAACAUAUCAUAAGUAAACAUAUACUAACUUUCCUCGAGGAUAACGCGUUCUUUUAUCAGUAUCAGCACGGAUUCCGAAGAGGGCUAUCUACCAUAACACAGCUCAUAGAAACGAUACAUGAUUUUAGUUCAGCCAUAGAUGCCCAAGAACAAAUAGAUGUCAUUUGCGUAGAUUUUGCAAAAGCAUUUGACAAGGUUCCACACAGUAAAUUACUUUUCAAGUUAUACAGAGCAGGAAUUAGCGAAACCAUUCUUAAGUGGAUUAAAGCCUAUUUGAACAAUCGCAGGCAGGUUGUGCAUGUGGAUGAUUGUUUUUCUUCUACACUAGAAGUACUUUCUGGCGUUCCUCAAGGAUCGGUUUUAGCUCCAUUACUGUUCCUAAUUUAUAUUAAUGAUAUUAACGAGGUUACCGAAUCUCCCGUAGAAUUGAAGCUUUUUGCAGACGACUGUUUAAUUUAUUCUCGAAUAACACAAGCUACCGACCAAAUUAGAAUAAACCGUGUCCUUCAUUCCUUGCAUCUUUGGUGCGAAAAAUGGGACAUGGAAAUUAAUUACACAAAAUCAACUUUUACGCAUAUAACUAAUAAGAAGACUGUGCAGCUAUUUUCUUAUAAUAUUGGAAAAAAUAAUCUAAAAAAUGUUGAUACCUUCAAGUAUUUAGGUGUUACAAUUGCACAUAAUCUGCAGUGGCAUAAACAUAUUAAUAAUGUGUGCUCGACAGCUUCCCAAAAACUUUACUUUCUGCGGAAGAAAUUGGAACAUGCAACAAAAGAUGUCAAGCUGAUAGCUUACAAAACAUUCAUCCGCCCAUCCUUGGAGUACGCUUGUGUUGUCUGGAGCCCGCACCAAAAAGUCCUAAAAGAUAAACUGGAGCGAAUUCAAAGAAUGGCCGCUCGUUUUAUUUCGUCAAGAUACAGAAGAAGGGAUUCAGUGACGGAAAUGCUGAACUCAUGUGGGCUCGAGUCACUUGAAAAUCGAAGGAAAAAAUCAAGACUAAAGCUUUUAUUUCAAAUAAUUCAAGGGCACUUUAAGAUUAAAUCAAAUAGAUAUAUUCAGCCUCCGGGAAAACGGAGCGCGAGAACAAACCACACACGAUCCAUCAAGCCUUACGAGUCACGUGUUGAUGCUUUUCGUUUUUCAUUUUUUCCUGAUGUGAUCGAAAUUUGGAAUGGUUUGCCUGUUGAAGUUGUCGAGCAAUCGGACGUGCACAAGUUCGAACGUUCUAUCGACAUCUUUUGUCAGGAGCACCCAACUUGAUGAUUAUGAUAUAUGAAUUUUGUAUGUUGUGCAAAAUUGUACAUUGUUGUACAUUGUAUUCCCUCCCUGUAACGACCCUCAAGCGAGGGUCAACAGUAUCAAUAAAUAAAUAAAUAAAUAAAUAAAUAAAUAUACCGCAUGCUUUCGUGUUCUAUUA